ACGAAACGGUGUUAGGGUGAGAAGGCAAUCUGAGAGUUCACUCUUUCAAAUUUGGGUCUUCUGCUUGUUCUUCUUCGUCACUUGAAAACACAGUUAAAACCUAAAUAGAGAAAGAUGAAACUCGCAGGUCUGAAAUCGAUCGAGAGUGCACAUGAAGAUUCCGUUUGGGCGGCGACUUGGGUUCCGGCGACGGAUGAUCGACCGGCGUUGCUCCUGACUGGAUCUCUCGACGAGACGGUGAAGUUAUGGCGAGCGGACGAGCUAGAUCUUGUGCGGACUAAUACCGGACACUCCUUGGGAGUAGCAGCUGUGGCGGCGCAUCCUUCCGGGAUAAUUGCAGCAUCUUCUUCGCUCGAUAGCUUCGUCCGCGUCUUUGAUGUUGAUACAAACGCUACCAUUGCUGUUCUCGAAGCUCCUCCUUCUGAGGUUUGGGGGAUGCAAUUUGAACCCAAGGGUACAAUCCUUGCUGUUGCAGGUGGAAGUAGUGCCUCGGUCAAGCUUUGGGACACUGCAAGCUGGAGACUAGUCUCAACUCUAUCAAUCCCACGUCCAGAAGCACCAAAGCCUUCUGAUAAAACCAGCAGCAAGAAAUUCGUUCUCUCAGUGGCUUGGUCUCCUAAUGGAAAACGGCUUGCUUGCGGUUCAAUGGAUGGCACGAUCUGUGUCUUUGAUGUUGAACGCUCAAAGCUUCUUCACCAGCUAGAAGGCCACAACAUGCCUGUAAGGUCGCUUGUGUUCUCCCCUGUAGACCCGAGAGUCCUCUUCUCAGGAUCAGAUGAUGGGCACGUGAACAUGCACGACGCAGAAGGGAAAACGCUACUGGGGUCCAUGUCAGGGCAUACGAGCUGGGUGCUGAGCGUCGAUGCUAGCCCAGACGGUGGAGCCAUAGCAACAGGCUCGAGCGAUAGGACUGUGAGGCUAUGGGAUCUUAAGAUGAGAGCGGCUAUUCAGACAAUGAGCAACCACAAUGACCAGGUUUGGUCUGUGGCGUUUAGACCACCUGGUGGAACCGGUGUCCGGACUGGUCGACUUGCUAGUGUCUCAGAUGACAAGAGUGUAUCGCUCUAUGAUUACUCAUGAACAAUCCCAUUUUUUUUUAUAUUUGUAUUCUCUAAGACGCAUCUAGCUUCCGAGGAUUCUAUGUAAACACUAGUUGUAACAGGUUUUUGUUGGUACAAGAUUUUGACUUGUGACUUUAUAUAAAUUGCUCACAUUUAAAAGAGAAAAUGGUUCAAGCUUUGCGAUAGAAA